AUGAAGAUACUCGUGAUGGGCCAUUCAGUGUCGCCCCUAGCGUCCCCGCGCCUAGGCCUCUCUACCACGGCGCGCAUACUGAGACUGAUCUCCCGGGACAUUGCACCAUCGCGUCUGGCGCUUCCACAAGCAUUAUUUUAUGGACAUAAUGUAUUAUGGCGGUGGCGCGUGUUACAGGCCUUCGUGCACAUUUCGACGGCCUACUGCAACUGUACGCGCCAGAGGAUCGAGGAGGAGUUGUACCCACUGCCUCUGGACGUGAAGGAGCUGCUGGCCGAGUUUCAGGCUGUUGACCGCAAGGAGCUGGACCUCGUUGCACCCAGGUUUCUGGGCAAGUACCCGAACACUUACGUGUACACCAAAGCGAUCGCCGAGAACGUAGUGAAGGAGUACGCCGGCGACCUGCCAGUCGGCAUCUUCCGUCCCGCCGUGGUGAUCGGCACACGGUCCGAGCCACAGCCGGGCUGGAUCGACAACAUCUACGGGCCGACGGGCGUUCUGCUGGGAGUCAGCGUGGGUCUGUUGCGUGUCGUCAACAUCGACCCUAACAACGUGGCCAACAUGGUGCCCGUCGACAUGUCGGUGGGCGCGCUCAUCGCGUCCGCCUGGGAGGUGCACAGCGUGCACGGGGCGGGCGGCAGGGGCGCUGGCUCGCUGCCCAUCUACAACUACGUGUCGUCCACGCGGCGGCCCAUCCUGUGGAAGGAGUUCUCUGGCACGGCCCAACGAAUCGGCCCGAAGCUCGCCACCACCAAGACCAUAUGGUACCCGACCAUCACGCUCACCCGCCACUACCACGUCUACCUGCUGCUGUCCUUCUUCCUGCACUUCCUACCCGCGCUGCUGGUGGACGCAGCCACCCUCGCCGUCUUCAGGAAGCCCAAGUUGCUGAAGGUGUACCAGAAGAUCCACCGCUUCGUGAAAGUCAUAUCCUACUUCGGCACGCACAACUGGGACUUCGACGACGGCAACGUGGUGGCGCUGUGGAGGCGGCUGUCGCCCGAAGACCGGACGCUCUGGGACUUCGAUAUCGCCGGGCUGGACUGGGACGACUUCAUCGAGAAGUACAUGUACGGCUGCCGCAUCAACAUCCUGAAGGAGGACCCCAGCACCGUGCCGCAGGGGAGGGUCAAGCUCAGGAGGCUGUACUGGCUGCACACGGCGACGAAGACCGCGCUGGUGCUGCUAGCUCUGAAGGUCAACUGGGUGCUCUUCUCGUCUUUCUUCCAGGCCAUUUGACCGCGUGCGCGUUCCCAGCGCAAGGCACAGCGCGCCUGGCCCAUUUGACCGCCCGUCUCGACACGGGUUCUUCAGUCGCCACGGGACGACUUUCCACGCCCUGGAAAACAAAAACAACAAAAAAUAACCAGAUCGAAGGAAUGAGGAAUCAUGGCACCAGAGUGUUUCUUGACGGUUCCGCGAUGUUGGGUCCAACAUCAAGAAACAUAACCGAGCACGCAGCAGACCAUGAUCACGACCUGGGCGAGAUCUGUUCACAAAUUAAUUCUUUGUGCUAAAAAUUUGCCAUUAAAAACUGUGCAAUGAAAAUAACAUGUUGGUACCAUUGUGUUGAGACUGUAAUGAACUAAGACAGUGGACGUUUCCAUAACUUUACUGCGUGAACACCACAAUAUGACUGAACGCCCAGUAGGCCAUUCUUUUACUAGAGAACGAAUACACAACAUGGAAAUUACACCAACUUUACAAUACUAAAAACACACAUACCAACUGUAACAUAUACAACACAUUGCUAAAUAAAUAUUUUAAAAAUUGUUUUCUCACAACCGCUGACCAACGUGCUGUUAAACACUGUUUUCCAAAUACAUAAAUUUUAUUAGAUUACUGCUACAAGCAGCAAGCAACAAUUUGAGUAAACAUUUUUUAAGAAACCUAAAAGUAUGUUUUUUGUAUUUUUAUGUGUAUUUUUCAUGAGUAGAGAUAACAAUCUAAAUAAUUAUGAUGAUAAUUUUUAAAUUAAGAACCUGAGAAAAUGUAUAUUUCGACUAGCGAAUAACCCGCUGCUUUGCUAACUCAAUUUCAGGCUAUUGCUGACACUGCACCAUUUUAAGAAAAGUAUGUUCUUAAUUCCAGAUAUUUUUUUCAAAAGAAAAAGAAACAAAAAAUAAUUUAUGUUUUUUUAUAAAGUUGUUAUGCGUAAACAUUUAUUUUAAUUUUUAGUACAAAUUAUCUAACUUUAUAAUUCCCAUUUUAGUGUGUCCAAGGAUAUAUAUUACCUUGAUGAAAUCUCGCUUACUUCCUUUUCCAUUUUAUGAGGUAACCAAUUAAAAAUAUAUAUAAGAAACACUAAUCUAUUUCAUUUUUAAUUAAUAUAGUGCCAUCAUUUAAGCUUACCCUUUAAUUUAUUUGGGUUAUAACUAUGAUUAGAAUAAUGAAAUAAUUUCCUCUUAUUACAGAAACAUAUUUAAAGAUUUUAUAGUCAAGUCCAUAUUUAUUUUAAAUUUACAGUACAGACAUCAAAUUUCAUAUUAAGCUUAUGAGUUUAUUCAUAUUAAUAAUAUUAGUAGUACUUAAACAAAAUUCCAAAAUUUUUCAUCCAUCUUCUCUUUUCUUCACGUGGAUACCUAUGUUAGUGAAUAUUAAAAUAUCCGUAGAUAAAAUAAUACCAAACUAAACUUUUUUUUUAACGUGGAUAUGAAAUCAAAAAUAUUUGUAAUAAAAGUACGCAUAUUUUUAAUUGUAAUUUAUCUUGGCGGUACUUAUUUAGUGGAUACAUUUUUUUUUUAUAUCUACCCCUUUUUAAACUAAAGGUGUGUUGUUUCAGAGAACAUUUAAUUAGAGAAUUUAGUUAAAGGCAUGUUGACUAAUCAUUGCCAAUAUAUUAAAUUAAGUUUUAUUUUAUCAGAAGAUAUUAUUUGUUAAUGUUAAAACCACAUUUUCAUUCUUUCACCCCUUAAAAAGAAUUUCACAAAGUAGUAAAAAAUAGUUAGUAAAUUAUCCAUGUUUAUAAAUCAUAUGUCAAAACUUACAUUCCACUCCAUUAGCUGCAGAUAUAUUAAUUUUAUUAUAAAACCAAACUGACCAUCUAUUCACACCUUUUGCGAUUAAAUAUGUAUAUAAAAAAAAUGGUACGUAUAGGUAAAAAUUAUGCUAUGAAAUAAUAUAAUGUACAUUAUUCUACAGAGGCAGUUCUGACUUUGAAAGGAUACUCUUUUAUCAACAGUGUAAUAACUUGUGAUUCCUUUUUACUACAACUAUUUUAUUUUACCAAGUAUAUUCCAGGGUAGUUUCUUUAUCAUAAUGUUUCAUUUGUCACACCAGUACAUACUUUUGGUAUGUCCCCUAAAGUUUACGAAAGUGACUAUACCGGGUUUAUUGCUACAUGGGCCAUUCCAUACCAAAAUGAGCCUAAGUGCAAAAAAUUUAAAAAAAUUAUAAACAAUGUUUAUUGACGUAAUACUGUAGAAAAAAGUCUCACAGUCCAUUGUCCAAAAAAUUAUUAUGAUUCAUUAAUUAUUUCUUUUGUUUUAUACAGUUUAACUUUGUCUAUCUGUGUGGGGAAUCAAGAGUAAAAUUGUUCAUUAAGUUGGCAAUAUUGUUUUUAAUAUUGAUAAUCAGUUGAUGCCUUUGAUUUUAGUGCAGUGACCUUGUUGAAAGUUUAUACUUUACUGCAGCAUUCUCAAUAAUAGUAAGAUAAUUAAAAUUGCUUCAAUAUAGCUCAAGUUUAUUUUGAUAUCAUCUGUGUAACACCCGUUACCAAAAACAUAUAAAAGUUUACAUAAUAACUAAACCAUAACACUUAUAAAAUUAAUGUCUAACAAAUGUGAGGUCAUGUCUCUCAGUAGCAUUUUGAUUACCAAAGAAAAUAUUAAUAUUGAAAUUUAAGGAGUAAAAAUAUGGUAACGGGUGUUACGUAGCAUUGGUAACGGGUGUUACAAGCGCUAUUAACAUGUUGAUUUUGUGUACAGAAAUUGUUAAGGUACCAUAUUAUUGUACUGGAAAACAAAAACUUAACCAAAAAGAAUUUUGUAGAUGUGUUAUGAAACCAAUUCUUGUUUUAAAUGGUUAGUUGGAAUUUUAUCUGCCAAACUGUCCCACAAUAACUGCCUCAAACUUUCACAAGCUAUUUAAAUUAUAAAUGUAAUUAUAGUAAAGUAGCUUACCUUGGAUUAUUUUAAGUAAUAUGUGUAAAAGAAAGUGUAACACUCUCCUGGCUGUGUAUGCCAAAGUUGUGUGUUUAAAUUAAAACUAGGUAGUAACAUGAAA